AUGGCGGAGGCCGUGGAGCGCACUGACGAGCUGGUCCGGGAGUACCUGCUCUUCCGCGGCUUCACACACACGCUGCGGCAGCUGGACGCCGAGAUCAAGGCGGACAAGGAGAAAGGGUUCCGGGUGGACAAGAUUGUGGACCAGCUGCAGCAGUUAAUGCAGGUGUAUGACUUGGCUGCCCUUCGGGAUUAUUGGAGCUACCUGGAACGGCGGCUCUUCAGCCGCUUGGAAGAUAUAUAUAGACCCACCAUCAACAAGCUGAAAACCAGCCUGUUCCGCUUUUAUCUCGUCUACACCAUCCAGACAAACAGAAAUGACAAAGCUCAAGAGUUCUUUGCAAAGCAGGCCACAGAGCUCCAGAACCAGGCCGAGUGGAAGGAUUGGUUUGUCCUGCCCUUCCUGCCAUCCCCAGACACCAACCCCACCUUUGCUACCUACUUCUCUCGACAGUGGGCCGAUACCUUCAUUGUGUCCCUGCACAACUUCCUGAGCGUCCUGUUUCAGUGCAUGCCAGUUCCCGUGAUCCUGAACUUCGAUGCGGAAUGCCAGAGGACCAACCAGGUUCAAGAAGAAAAUGAAGUUCUUCGCCAGAAGCUUUUCGCCUUGCAAGCUGAAAUCCACCGCCUGAAGAAAGAGGAGCUGCAGCCUGAGGAGGGGGAGGCCUUGGUCCAGCACAGAUUGCCUCCUUAUGUCUCCAACAUGGACCGCCUGGGGGACUCGGAACUAGCCAUGGUGUGCAGCCAAAGGAACACUUCCCUGUCCCAGUCGCCUCGAGUGGGUUUCCUGUCCUCUCUGCUGCCUCAGAGUAAGAAGAGCCCCUCAAGGUUGUCGCCUGCCCAGGGUCCCUCUCAGGCUCAGAGCUCGACCAAGAAGGAGCCGUUCGGCGGCCAGGCUGCUAAGGGAAAGGACGCUGCGUGCGGGCCCCGAGACGGGAAGAGCCUCUUGAGUGGACUGGCGUCCGGGGAGUCCAGCUGGUCGCAGCACCGACAGCGGCGCCUGCAGGACCACGGCAAAGAGAGGAAGGAGCUCUUCUCUAUGACUUUGCAGGUAUGCGCAGAGAAGAAGGCCGAGGUUAGUGGCCCAGAGGCCGAGCCCUGCCCAGAGCUCCGUGUGGAGGCACUGGAGACGCUGACACGGGCUUCUGCAGCCGGUGCCGAGGGCGGAGGGGCCCGCCCUGAGCAGCCGUUCAUUGUGCUGGGGCAGGAGGAGUACGGGGAGCACCACUCCUCCAUCAUGCACUGCAGAGUGGACUGCUCGGGGAGGAGGGUCGCCAGCUUAGACGUCGAUGGGGUCAUCAAAGUGUGGUCCUUCAACCCCAUCAUGCAGACCAAAGCGUCCUCCAUUUCUAAGUCGCCGCUGCUGUCCCUGGAGUGGGCCACCAAGCGGGACAGGCUGCUCUUGCUGGGCAGUGGUGUGGGGACGGUGCGUCUUUAUGACACGGAAGCCAAGAAGAAUCUGUGUGAGAUCAGCAUCAACGAUGAUAUGCCCAGAAUCCUGUCGCUUGCCUGCAGCCCCAACGGGGCCUCCUUUGUCUGUUCGGCCGCCGCUCCGAGCCUCGCUUCCCAGGUGGACUUCUCGGCUCCGGAUAUCGGCAGCAAGGCUACUAACCAGGUUCCCGGCAAGCUGCUGCUGUGGGACACGAAAACCAUGAAGCAGCAGCUCCAGUUCUCUCUGGACCCCGAGCCCAUUGCCAUCAACUGCACAGCCUUCAAUCACAAUGGGAACCUACUGGUCACAGGGGCGGCUGAUGGCGUCAUCCGGCUGUUUGAUAUGCAGCAGCACGAGUGCGCCAUGAGCUGGAAGGCCCACUGCGGGGAGGUCUACUCGGUGGAAUUCAGUUACGACGAGAACACCGUGUACAGUAUCGGCCAGGAUGGGAAGUUCAUCCAGUGGAACAUCCACAGGAGUGGCCUGAAGGUGUCUGAGUACGGCCUCCCCUCCGACGCCACGGGCCCCUUCGUGCUGUCGGGUUACAGCGGCUACAAGCAGGUUCAAGUUCCCCGGGGCCGACUCUUCGCUUUUGACUCAGAGGGAAAUUACAUGCUGACGUGUUCUGCCACAGGGGGCAUCAUCUACAAGCUGGGCGGGGAUGAGAAGGUUCUGGAGAGCUGCUUGAGCCUGGGCGGCCACCGAGCCCCUGUGGUUACUGUGGACUGGAGCACAGCCCUGGACUGCGGGACGUGCCUCACGGCCUCCAUGGAUGGCAAGAUCAAGCUGACCACCCUGCUGGCUCAUAAACUGUGAUGGGACCCGCCCCAAGGGACACCCAUGGAAGCAGUAUUAUCCUGGGGGGAGUAGAGAAACAGGACAGGAAGACAGGGCACUCUGCUUCCCGCUCCUGGCCAGUGUGGGGACUCCUCAGGGAAAAACUGUCCAGGGAACCCCGGCUCUGUCCAGCUGCAGAGACUGGACGGGAGCCACACUGAGUCGUGGCAUGCGUGCCCCAGAGACCAGCACGCUGGGCUGUGCAAGAGGCAUGCCCCAGGUGGCGGGGAGGAAAGUUCAGGAAGCAGGAGAUGCAGCGUGGUGGCUGCUCUGUUGGCCCAGGAGGGAUUGACAGUAUUUUGUAUAUAUUUGCUCAUUUUUCAUCUUUUUUUUAAAAAAAAGAAUGUUCUCAUGGUCAUCUGGUAGCUCUUUCUGGAACGCGUGCAUGCAGCAGAGCGU